UGUCACGGCGUGUGCACGCAUGCUUGUUCUGGUCCUGCUGCUCUCUAAGUGACUAGAUACUGACACAGUGUACUCCUGUAUGUACAUGCUCAUGUACACGACCCCAGGCCCAUAAAGCGGUACGGUAGCCGAUAUCAGGGUGCCCUAGUAGUGUCCGCAACCCCCGUCAUAACUGUGACACGGCCUUAAAAGAGUUUACUUGUACGACACGCGCCGCUAGGAAGCAACUUCCUUCAGACUACAAAACUCUCGUCACACGUCGCUAAGGCCAGCCCGGCAGCUGAGAUGAAACAAUCUUGGGAACUUACUUCGGUCAGCUAGCCGCACGGUGGGGAACCUUAGCCAGUGGUCGCUCGCGACACCUCCUCUUCACAAGUUUUGUAACUUUGGCCGUCAUCUGUCAACUUCUCCAAGAACUGAUUUUUUUUCUGGAGGUCCACCACCUCUGUUUUACGCAUGGGAUUAUUAUACACGAUCAGGAUUAUAUUACGCAGGGAAACGCUGAUCUUCUAACUCGCCCCGGUGCUGAGGCAGAGACUCUUUUCAAGCUGGAGAAAGCAAGCAUGUCUACCUUUCCGCAGUUCGGCUACCCGUAUCCCGCUUCGUCGCAGUUACUGAUGUCGGCUGCCACUCCGGCCUCGUCGUGCUGUGAGAGCGGUCGACCGGUCGUCACCGAUCCGCAUACCGGUCAAGCGGUGUGCUGUUCCCCGCUGGAUAACCGCGCCACCGCGUUGCUACACUCCCGGGUCGCCGGCCUGCCGGCGCUGUACACGUCCCCGUACGCUACGGACCCAAGCUUCGUGCACUUCGCUGCUGACCCAUCGGCGUUCUAUUCCCCUCUCAAUUCAGCGUACGACUUAAAGACCAACCCGGAAGGAUGGAGCGCGUUGGCCCAGCCUACCGCCUGCUAUCCUUACGACCCAACAACCUACCAGUACUACGGCGAUCGUUACGGGGCGAUGGACCUGAACGGCGCAAGACGCAAGAACGCCACCCGCGAAACCACUAGUACGCUGAAGGCGUGGUUGUACGAGCACCGCAAGAACCCCUACCCGACCAAAGGGGAAAAGAUCAUGCUGGCUAUCAUCACCAAGAUGACCCUGACCCAGGUCUCCACCUGGUUUGCCAACGCCCGCCGCCGCCUCAAGAAGGAGAACAAGAUGACCUGGUCGCCCCGGAACCGGUGCGGUGACGGCCGGAAAGAAGACUACGAGUCCGAGGACGGUGACGACCACGACCGGGACGACGAAAUGGACGGAUUGGGAACGGACCUAGAGAGCAAUCACAAUGGACAAUUGUCUGAUCGCGAAGGGACGAGGGAGGAAAAUAACAAUGAGAAGGAGGAUGAGAUUGAUGACGAUAGGGAAAUUAUUGUGAGUGACUCAAGCAGUAGCAGCCAUGUUGGCUUACCGCGUAUUGAGCCGAGGGUGCCAGCUGGAUUCAUGGGCACAAACACGGGCAGGGACUCAGUGAGCGUCACGGUCGAUGACGAGGAAGACACCCAUCGACCAAGGGAACUCUGUAGCCCCCUAUGCCACAGGAGGAGUCCCAGCCCCGCCCCUCUGGCGCCCUCCACGAUCAGAAAUACCUGCAGGCCUACCUCCAGAUCGCCGCCCUGCGAGAAGCCGCCCCCCCGACCGGCGGACAAGCCCAAAAUCUGGUCCCUGGCCCACACGGCCACGUCCAGCAGCCCUGAGCGGGAGCGGCGGUCUCGCUCGCCCGUGCGCUCACCCGUCCACAACGGCGUGAUGGCCACGCCAGCCAGCCUGGCGCAGAACUUCCACUACCCGUACGAUUCGCCCAUGAGCUCGCUACGGCAGUGGGUGGACGGACAAUUCCACGGCGGUCUGCCCAUACCGAGGAUGUCAACGGGGCUCCCUGGCAUGCAUCCACUCUCCGCAGCGGCUUCCAACCUCCCGGGAGCUCGCGCCCCGACGUGUGUUGUGAGCAGUUCUCAAGGACCGCUGUUCUCUACGGCUUCGGGAAGCAGGCACCCACUUCUAGCCCAUGACGUGUCGGCCAUGCAUAAUGGAGUAACCACUACCACAUCGCCCCACAGAGAAGCCGUUGACUCCAGGCGAGAGAGUAGUGAGAGCAGAGAGGUCGACGAGCCGAUGCCCAGGACGGCCUUCAAGCCAGUACCCCGGCGAUAGGAGCUCGCUCACUCACUCAAGCAGUCAUGUACCAAUCUGCGCAGACUCUAGGCUCGGUGACCUACUCUGGUGAUUGGUUGUGUUCAGGCUACGUCACAUCAGGCGCCGUCUUUACUGACUGAGGACUGUGUUUAUUAAAGAGCGUAUGGCUGGUUAUUUUUCGUGCCGUGUCUCUUGAGUUUUCUGCCUCGUCUUGGGUUCCUCGUGACUAACAGUGCGUGGAAUGUGGACUCUGACGGUGUCAGCAGUGCUUUAUUCGGUCGGGUAUACAGAAUCUUGAUGGUCGGCAUCUUCGAAUGUUGCGGCUUGCAGGAAGACCGGAGCCGUACCAUUGCGUGUUGAUGGGAAGACGGUGGAAAGGCUCAACGGCUUUCAUCGGAGGACCCGUCGGCAUACCCAGUGAAGAAACAGGGUGUGAAAGUUUGGUCGGUUUCUUCAGAGCAAACGAAAACUUAGGAUCUCAGAAUCGGCUCGUGCACAAGCGCCAGUCUAAACAAGGAAACACAACAGAAUAGUGGUGCGAGACCGUUCUAUUUAUAAACACGGAACUCCUUCCUGUCUUGUGAUUCUCCAAGAAAUUCGGUCGUAGUUCGGAGACUCCUCACCGAAAUAGUUAUUUAUUUAAUGAUUUAAUAAGAAAUGUCAUCAAGAGAGUAUGUUUUCAUAAGAGGGUAUUAACAUUUGUCGUUUCUUUGUUCUUUGUUUUUUAAAUAUAUAUAUAAAGUGAAGUCAAUAGCCGAGGUUAUUAUAUUAGUAAUAUAUGUAUAUAGUGCAUCAGUUUUUAAUGACACAAACAAACAGGUGAAACCAGCCGUUUGGAAUGAUGGUAAUCGUAAUUUCUUUUGUGAAUUUAAAUCCUGGACACAGAAUUUUGAGGUCACACUAAAAGCAAAUCAGCUUCACCGUAUUGUAGGCGUCAUCAGUUUGAUGUCGCAUUACAGGUUGCUUUUUUUUUACUUGCAUUUAAAAAAAAACUUGCAUUUUCUGCCGCGUACGCAAUUCGAAUGCAAACCCUCUGAUGGAACUUUAAAAAAAUCACACUGAAAAAUAUAUGGGGUCUAAGCUGGUACGGUUUUUUUAUACAAGCUGUCCAACCCGAGGCUUUUCAAUAACAUCUCCUGGGGCAGCGCUACAUGAAAAAAAAAAAAAACUAAUAAAAGUGGAUAGUAAAAGAGAAGGCACGUCAUGUUCCGCGUGAAAGAUACUUGUUCACAUUGUGAUUGACAUGGGAUAUGUUGUAGGCAAAUUCCCGAACCAAGCAGGGAAAGAAACUUCAGUUUGAUGAAAGAUAUCAUAUUGUAUUCAUACGAUAUUUCGUCAGCCAUUAUGCACAUUCUAGAGUUCUUUCGGUUUGAUACAAACGGCCCAAAAAUUCAGCCUUCGGUUUCAAAUUCAUGUUUAGUGGGUGUCUUUCAGCGUAACUUCUUAAAACUAGCCAGGGAUGUGGAACUUCCUUUCUGUAGUCAAAACACCUGUAAUUGAAGAGUAAGCGCUCUGUCAAGUUUAACGUCGUUAAAUCUCAAGUGGUCUGCGGGAAACCAUGACUAGGUAAAUUUAACGACGCUGUUGCUUGUGUGUGAGACAUUUGUCAUUUACUUGAGAACGAGUUCCCAUUCACUCAUUCUGAAAUAAAGAUUCACUCACAGGUUUAGCUGUUGGUGUAGCGAGAGCUCAAAUCCUAAGGAUUUAUCCCCCAUACACAGUGAUAUUUUGGUCUUGAACAAGUUUAUAAUUAUCCGUGCUAUCGGUACUAUCUUUCGGCAUUAGGGCCGGUUUUGCCUGGUCAGUUCAGGGUGUCUGAACACAAUUAUCAGUGCGCCGUUUUUUCACCUUUUUCGCAUGACGUCCAUGACAAACUGGGCGAAGUACCGUAGCAGGCCUGAGCACGGUAAAGAUUGGUACUUGUAUCCCGCUUUUCGUUAACAAAUUUAGGCGAGAAAUGGCAAUGCUGCAUUUGGACUGUCUGAACGUUAGCCAGCUGAGACACGUUUGUGCGAGUCACACAGGGUUCCCAGGUUAUGCAUUGGCCGAAAAAAAUCUCAAGAAGGAACAACCAACUUUGGCGGUGAUCUCUUUUUUGCGUCUUACGAACGCAUCUCGCAUUAUAAUUAUGUUCAAAACGAGCAUAACCUUGCCAGUGGGUAAUCUUUGUGCGUGAUGAAGUUUGUGACCUGUAAACGGUUGAUAGUGUAUUAAUCACUUAAAAAUAAUCGAGCUGUGGAAAGCCAAGUACUGGAUGCCGUUGCCAGGACACCGUUGCCAUGAUGAUGUCAUAACCCACAUAUGAGGGACGACAGGUCAGAAAAUGCGUGUCAUGACGCUUGGUAGCUGAUGUUGCGUCCACCCCCCUAUCAAUAUUGUUUACUCCUUGUUGUCAAUGUCAACAAGGAGAAAUGUCGGAGAAAAACAUAACUGCCUCAUAAUAUCGCAUCGUAAUGAUGUAAUGAUCCCGGCAAUCUUUUUGAACAACUCUUGUUGCUGGCAACUGAAGUGAUUGUGAUCGAACAUAAUUAUUAUCUAUUUGGUUUUGAAGUUUGAUCGAAGAAUCGAUUUUUCCCGCAUACCGGUCUGAGUUUCAUGUGAUGUCUUCAACGGUUAGUUGUAUUGGGGCAUUGGAUUAGUUAUAGCACAUUGUGAAUUGUUUACAACUCUAAAUGUAACAAAAAAGAAGACAAAAUCUGGUUCUCAUUCACGUGUUCACUCUGCUUCAGAUGAAAUUAAUUCGUGAAGUGAAUACGUAACACGCUGUAGGAAAUGUCAGUAAGAGGACAUAUCCAAUUGGGUAUAUAGUUUGAUACUCGGUAAUACGUUGCCUGUGAUUGGCCAGUCCGAAAAUCACGCGAUUACAACGUAAGCCUUUCAUGUAGAGAUAAACAUGCAGAAUUCUUAUCACUGCCUGACUACUGCCCUGUACUUAGUCUAAUGUAUCAUUUUUUAUUGUGAUGAAGGGUGAAAAGAGUUGUGUUUUGUUGAACGUUUGAGUGUUUCAAAGCGCUCCGUGUUUUGUUUCAUAAACGAAUUAAAAAAAUAAGCCUUUGUUCAACUUGUGUUUCACGUAGAAAAAAAGCAAAGCUUUUGGCAGGGAAAUUGUGUACAAAUUUUGUUUUUGUAAUAAUCUACUGUUGUUAAUGUUGCGACGGAAAUGUAUAUACAUUUGUGGGAAAGAAAAGAUAAUAAAGGUGAUGAAAUUACGAUGUAAAAGAUA